AUGACAAAUCUUUCUAAACGUGAAUUUGUUGCCUUAGAUAUAUCUGGCAAAAGCUACCUGUCUUGGGUUCUUGAUGCCGAAAUUCAUCUUGAUGCGAUGGGUCUGGCAGACACCAUCAAAGAUGAAAAUCAGGCAUCGAAUCAAGACCGUGCCAAGGCAAUGAUAUUCCUUCGCCAUCACCUUGAUGAGAGCUUGAAAAUGGAAUAUCUCACUGUUAAAGAUCCUCUUAUGCUGUGGAAUAAUUUAAAAGAUAGAUAUGACCACCUGAAGAUGUUUGUACUUCCACAAGCACGUUUUGGUUGGAUCUAUCUGAGGCAGCAAUAUCGAGAGAUGAAGUUCAAGAAAUAUUCUGAUCUAAUCUCACAUCUUCUAGUGGCUGAACAACAUAAUGAAUUAUUAAUGAAAAAUCAUGAAAGCCGACCUACUGGUACUGCCCCAUUCCCUGAAGUGAAUGAGGCAAAUUUUCGCCAUUCUAGGCGUGGAAGAGGUCGUGGCCCCAGUCGUGGUCAUGGCCGUGGUCGAGGAAGAAAUUUUAAUCAUGAUUCUCGUCUUGCACCAAAUAAUACCCUUCACCAUGACGUGUAA